AUGCGAAUUCCUAAAGGAUGUGAGCGAUUGAAUGUGCUGCUAGUUGGGGCAAGUAGUUUAGGCAAGACUUCUUUUCUAUCUACACUGGGUCAAACUAGUCUUACUCAGGAAGGCGAGUUUUCAGAACAUAAACUUAUGGUUGAAAAUCAGCCGGUUUACUUCUAUGAAGCCCGUGGGUAUGGAACUACUGGGGAUAUGGCCGAAAGCUUUGCUAAGAUAGAAGGAUUUGUUCGUGAGCGAUACCGUGAACAUUUAGUGGAAGAGACCAAAAUUCAUCGUGAUGUUUUCUUUGAAGAUAAACGAAUCCACUUAGUUCUGGUUUUCCUCUCAGUUAAUAAUCGUGGAAUUAAGGACUACGAUCUUACCCUACUUAAGCUACUACAUACUAAAACCAAUCUUAUUCUGGUUAUUCCUAAGUGCGACUACCAUACAGAAACUGAACUAAGCGACUUACGCGCCAAAAUCAGUAGCUGCUUAUCAGAGAACAAAAUAGAUCUCUUUGAAACCAACGAGAUUCCUAAAGAAAAACAACCACUAGCCCUAUUAGCAGCAGAUAAGAAGUCAAUUGAUGGCAAGCCUUUUUCAGGCCGUGAAUUACCUUGUGGCCGCGUUCUUAUCUCUAACCCAGAACACAGUGACUUUGAACUGUUCACCAUGCUUUUAACAAGUGCCCGGGCCGAUUUACUAAGUACUACCCACUUCCACUUCUAUGAAAAGUACCGUAUAGCUAUGUUACAGUAG